AUGGCUCCCAAGAUUCUCGUCGUUUUGACUAGCGCGGACAAGAUUGUCAAGCUUGACAAGCCCACUGGCUGGUACUUGCCAGAGCUUGCCCAUCCGUACGAUGUCCUUUCCCCCAAGGCCGAGCUCGUCCUCGCCUCCCCCAAAGGCGGGGUAGCGCCCCUCGACCCCAGCUCCGUCGAAGCCUUCAAGAAUGACGCGUCGUCGCAAAAAUUCCUCGAGAAGAAGCUCUGGGAAAAGACGGCCCCUCUCAAGGACUUUGUCGGCCGCUCCGGCGAGUUUGCCGCCGUCUUCUACCCUGGCGGCCACGGCCCCAUGUACGACCUCGUCGACGACAAGGACUCGAUUGCGAUCAUUGAGGAAUUCUACAAGGCGGGCAAGCCCAUCUCGGCCGUCUGCCACGGCCCCAUUGUCUUUGCGCAUGUCAAAGUGGACGGCAAGCCGCUGGUCGAGGGCCGUACCGUCACUGGCUUCACCAACGAGGAGGAGGCCCAGGUGGGCCUGGCCGAGGCCAUGCCUUUUCUGCUCGAGGAUCGCCUCAAGGCUGUUGGUGCCAAGUGGACGCAGGCCGACCAGGCUUGGGGCGAGAAAGUCGUGGUGGACGGCCAGAUUAUUACAGGCCAAAACCCUGCUUCUGCUCAUGCGGUCGGCGUUGCUCUUGCCAAGGCGAUUGGUAUCUAA